UAUCGUCUCGCCCCCGGGUUACUAUGCGUGGCCAUGCAGUCACCCAGUCAGAGUAGUAAUGAAAUAAUUAAAUUUUAGUCCGGUCGACUGCAAUCACACUAUCAUUAUUAUAUUGUUUAUCAGCGAGCUAAUUAUAACCUUACACCCGCCGCACGAACCUGCAUAUCCAGAAUGACGAAACAUCAGCAAGCCAUUCAACCUCAAAUCAGCGAGCAGAUCGUUCGUUUGUGUACGUCGAGCGAGAGCGUCUCAUCGCUUCUGGCUCGCGAUGCGACACUAUCUCCCGGCGACGCCUGGGAGAAGCUUUACGGUCACCGCGCUACUAGGUCGGCUGCAAAGAGCAAGCAAGAGGUCGGCGAUGGGAAUGACAAGAGCAGUUGGGAGCUCACUGAGCACGAUAGACUGAAGAGGGCGGCCGAAUGUGGGAAAUGGGGACCAACCAGACCCAGCGACUUGUUCCUUGCGAUAUACCACGAUGCGCUGUCUACCCUUAACGAAGACCCUCGCCGAGCCAUGGUCAGCCCUUCCUUGAUGGGAAGUUAUGGAACAGUGCCUCUUACCAUCAUCUCUGUCUUGCCGGAUAUUGUCCGCCAUAUGUCCAAUGUCAUUGUUCAAGCGCAGAAGGAAGUAUACCUGGCAACCAACUAUUGGCAAAACAGCGUGGCCUCCAGGUACAUUACGAAUGCAAUCAGGGAACUCGAUUGCCGAGCCGGUGCGAGGGGUGCAAAAAUCGUUUUCAAGAUCCUCUACGAUCGGGGAAGCCCCAGACAGCUCUACAAGCCUCACUACAUCGUUUGUGAGAGAGAGGCUACCAGCCAAAAUGUCAACUUGCCGCAUCCGGAUGAGAUCCCGAACAUCGACAUGGAGAUUAUGAAUUUCCACACCCCACUGAUGGGGACCUUUCAUGCCAAGUAUAUGUUGGUUGAUCGAAGGAUUGCCCUUCUGCAGAGCAACAAUAUCCAGGAUAACGACAACCUCGAGAUGAUGGUGCGCUUGGAAGGGCCCAUCGUCGAUUCGCUCUACGACAUGGUUUUGAUAUCCUGGAACAAAAGGUUGAAUCCACCAUUACCUUGCCAAAGCGGCCCGGCUGAGGCAACUGGUCAUGGAGGGUUGAAGGUAUGGCCUGCGGGAGGGGCUGGGGAGCCUGCGACUGGAGCGGGCGCUGGCGAGAGUGCGGUACACUUUGUUGAGGAGGGUGUGAAUCUCAAUGGUACGGCCGGACACCAGAGUAAAUCCAGUCCUCAGAUGUCGACUCCCGAACGAGAUGGGAUUGGCGAAGCUGGCCGAACAGUCAGCACUUUUCCCACCCAAAGCGUGGGACACGAACCAUCCGCCCUCCCAGCGCACACCGCCGACGAUCCGCACUACGAUGACGAUAUCACAGGGGAGGUAGCCCGUGCCCAAUCGUUUUUGGCUCCCAAACCAAGGAGAACACACAUGCAAGCUGUUACCGAGCUGCUCAACCACACCGUCAACCAAGGUCUGCCCGGAGACCCCAACGCACCGGGCUGCGCCCCGGAGAACUUCAUGACACCGUAUAUUCCGCACCAAACCCACAUUCCUUAUCCGAUGGCUCUCGUCAACCGCGCGCCUUACGGUCCGCCAACCCAUUCAUCCGUCUCCACUCCUCAGAACGCCGCCUGGCUAUCCGCUCUGCGCUACGCCAGAGAUAGUGUCUACAUCAUCUCCCCAACCCUCAACGCCUCCCCCCUCAUUCCGGCCAUCAUCGAAGCCUGCGAGCGAGGUGUCGAUGUGUACUGCUACGUCUGUCUCAGCUACAACGACGCAGGCGAGCUCCUCCCCCGCCAAGGCGGCCACAACGAGAAGGUCGCUGCGGCCCUUCACGCCUCUCCGUCCCUGUCCCCCGCCGGUCGCCGACACCUGCACUACCACUGGUACGUGGCCAAGGACCGAACGGCGCCUGUGUCGCAGGCCCGCCGGCAGCGCAGCAGCCAUGUCAAGCUGCUGAUCGCCGACGGCCGCGUCGCCAUCCAGGGCAACGGCAACCAGGACACCCAAAGUUGGUUCCACAGCGAGGAGGUCAACGUGCUGAUCGACAGCCCCGCGCUGUGCGCAAGCUGGCUUGACGCGCUGCAGCGGAACCAGAACACCGCGCUUUUUGGCGCCGUCAACCGCAAGGACGGCGUCUGGAGGGACGCGGAGGGGCGGCAAGCCGACGGGGCGAUAGGACCCGACGCCGGCGGCGUGUUCGGGUGGGUGAAGGGCGUCAAGGGCGCUGUUGAGAGGCUCAGGGGAACGGGUGGAUUUUGAGAAGGACAUUUCAAUAAUUACUGAUGAUCAAUGCUCUGCCCGUUUUACUGAUUCGUUUCUUAGUUGCUGUUACCUGACCGCUAGGUUUGCGAUUGGGUUC